UUGUCAUAUGGAAAACUGAGUCUGUAUUGUAAGCACAGAAUCUAACAGCACAUAAAUUUUAAAAAUUAAAAAUAUAGCAUGAUGGAAGUAGAUGAAGAAGAAUUCGAAGUGCCAUCCUCCAGCAGCAAGGGUGAGAAGAAGCGCUUUGAAGUCAAAAAGUGGAAUGCUGUAGCGCUCUGGGCUUGGGAUAUUGUGGUUGACAAUUGCGCCAUUUGUCGCAAUCAUAUAAUGGAUCUUUGCAUCGAGUGUCAGGCCAAUCAAGCGUCGGCCACCAGCGAGGAGUGCACUGUAGCCUGGGGCGUGUGCAACCACGCUUUCCAUUUCCACUGCAUUUCACGUUGGCUGAAGACACGCCAAGUGUGCCCAUUGGACAAUCGUGAAUGGGAUUUCCAGAAGUAUGGACACUAAAUGCGAAUAUCGUUCUAAACAGUUGUUGUACAGAAUGUACAUACGCUUAUACAUAUUUCGUACAAUCUACACAACACACGCCGGAUGGAUUUAGCACAUAUUUGAUUUCAUUUAAUUAAACAUCAUACAUAAAAUUCGCGGCAUCAGAAACAUGAAGAUAUCUGAUACACUUUAUUUUCGUUCAUUUCAUACAUCUGUCUUGUAGAAUUAGGCCUUUGUUCUACUGAACAGUGAUUAAAAUCCUUAGCUUAGUGGAAUAAUGGUCGAUAUAUGUAUGUACCUCUUUAUCAUUGAUCUAAAUGCAAAUAAAAGGCACUAUGCGCAUAACGACGUUUAAGCACAUAAAUGUGAAAGUUUA